AUGGCAUCUUCAUAUAUAACUUGGGUGCACCACGGGGAACAUGUUCUCGUGUCUCAUCCUAGUGUAUCAAAUGACCAAUGUGGAGGUAGUGGCGAAUGUAUGCCAGAUAUCGAUGAUCUGCUCAUGGGUGAAUUGCCUAUUAUGUUGGAAGAAAUUUACGUGAGUGGUCUUAUGGAUGAUCAUACCGACGAGGAACCUAAUGGUUUGGAGAGGGACGAUUUGCAUAAGUUCAUUAGGUUAUUCGAAGAUACACAACGCAAAGUUUACCUGACAUGUGAAAAGUUCUCUAUGUUAUCAUUCGUCAUUAAGAUGCUUCAGGUGAACAACAAAUGGAGCAACAAGUCAUUCGAUAUGGUUAUGCAGGUAUUCAAGGACAUUCUACCAGAAUGUGAUCAAACUGUUCCAUGGACACUCUAUGAUGCUAAGAAGUUUUUACGUGACUUGGGUUUGGGAUAUGAAACAAUUCAUUCGUGCAAGAAUGAUUGUGCACUAUUUUGGAAGGAUAGUGCAAAUUUGGAGAAAUGCCCUACAUGUGAUGCAUGUAGAUACAAGUUAAAUGAUGAUGGUGGUAAAAAGAUUCCACACAAGGUAUUGCGGUACUUUCCUUUGACACUGAGGUUGAAAAGACUGUAUAUGUCCAAAAAAACUGCCGCAGAUAUGAGAUGGCACAAUGAGAAGCGUGUGGAUGAUGACUUAUUAAGGCAUUCGGCCGAUGGUGAAGCAUGGAAGGACUUUGAUAAGCAACAUCCGACGUUUUUUGAUGACUCUCGAAAUGUAAGGCUAGGGCUGGCAACAGAUGGUUUCAAUCCAUUUGGAAAUAUGAGCACAUCAUAUAGCAUGUGGCCUGAUUUACGAAGUAAAAUAUGGUAUAUGGGUGCUCGUCGCUACUUGUUUGAGAACCACACUUGGCGAACAAGUGAGCUCUUCAACAGUCAAACGGAGCAUAGGUCCAAACCUUUGGACUUAUCAGGGGAACAAAUACUAGAGCAAAUUGAUUCUAGGACUUACAAGCCAUAUGAAAAGCACCCACAAAAUAAAAAACGACAAAGGAAUAAAAAUCAAAAUUUGAAUUGGACCAAGAGAAGCAUUAUGUUUGACUUGACCUAUUGGAAAACGUUGAAGCUUCGACACAACCUUGAUGUCAUGCAUAUUGAAAAAAAUAUAUGUGACAAUGUCAUUGGGACACUUUUGAGCGUAGAUGGAAAGAACAAGGACACAGACAAAGCACGCUUAGAUUUGGAGGACAUGAGAAUACGUAAAGAGUUACACUUGAUGAGGCGUUCUAAUGGGUCCUUUGAGAAGCCUUCCGCAUUGUACACAUUGUUUGUGAAAGAGAGAGAGCUUUUGUGA